GUCCACAGCUUUCUGCCUGCUUGCGCAGUUUUCCAGCGCUUCACACGCUGCGGAUGGACCGAAAUAGCGAUUUUUCGGACCCGGCUGGCCCCGUAGCAGAACAUCGAAAUCAGCGGAAAUACCAGCACGGGCCGAUGCGCGGCGGAGUUCUCACACAUUCACCGUCUCAUGUGUGGAUUACUCGUUGAUUGCGGGGAGAAAGUUGUGGACAUGUUUUCCCGGAGGUGCAUGACUCUACGGACACACCGUGCAACCUUGUAACUACGGCGUUGACGAGCCUUUCCCAGCCCUUCGCGGACUUUGGAGUAUUUUUUUUUUUUUCCUCUCCCCCCCCUCGUUUGUUUGUUUUGAUCGUAAAGCCGCCUGUUCGCCAUAUUGUGCGCCGCGAAACUCCGGGGAAAGUUGUCAGAGUUAUGACAUUUGCUGCGCACAAUCCCUUCAUGGAGCUGCAUGCAGUCGACUUUGAUCGAACCCAGAGUGACUCCAUGGAGCUGGCCAUGGAGAGCUCUGUGCACAAUUGAGAAGGUCCGGCACCCUAAGGAGGAUCAGAAGAAUGGACAACAAACCUCAGAUUUGAUUCUGGAAGGCGGGUUGCAUGUUCCCCACCCUGCACUUUCCUCUGGGAUUUAUAUUUCCUCCCAAACACCUCUGUAUACACAAUUAAACAAAGAAUUUCUCAACCGCAGGGAGUGAAAACACACUACAGAGGCGAUAACUCAGUGUUGCACACUCAGUGAUCAAGACUGAGAGCACUGACUCCAACAUUUUCAUACAUUACAAUAUUAGUAUGAGUCUUCCUCCUCAAGUUAGUACUGACAAGAGCGGCAAGCAUCGGGCUGCAGCCAUGAAAGAGCCUGUGCAGCAUUCAGGGGAGGUUUAUUAUGGUAUGGCACCUCCGGCUUUAGAGUCAAGCCACAGUGACUCCGCCAGCAGCUCUGGUGUUUUUAACCCCGAGAAAGGGCCCCAAAGUUUACCGCACUAUCAACAGGCUGCUCCAGUAAAGUGGAUGCACCAAGACUCCAUACAGGCCCCCGGCUGGUCUCAGGAAGCUCCUGGGCCAGCCUGGGGGCAGAACUUUGGCCCCUUUAUGGGUGGAGUGAACAUGAGGAGUCAGAUGGCGUUCCAUAAAGGAGUCCACGAAGGCGUAGCUCUGCCAAUGGGGGGAGAAAAUCAACUGACAGGACCGGUAGAGGUAUAUAGAGACGCCAACCAGGCUCAAGCUCAGGGGAGGGGGCUCGAGUGGGAGCAGCAUGCUGUGGCUGCAAUGCACCAGGCUCAGCUUCAAGCCUAUCAACAGGGCCACAAAGGUGUCGAGCUCCAGGGUCAGCCCCACGUGCCACCUAACGCCUUGCAGGGGUCCAUGCUGCAGCCCUUCCAGACAACAUUUAGGCCCAGCAAGCAACAGUUCUCAUCCAGUUAUUACUCUGUUUUCCCGGGAAACAAGGCAAUGCCCAGCCUGGCCUACGGUGAGCAGCCUAAAACUCAACAACAUCUGCUCCACCAGAUGCAGCAGGAGCAAAUGCAUCAUCAUCACCAGCAGCAGCAACAGCAGCAGCAGCAGCAGCAACAACAGUUGCAGCAACAGCAUCACCUUCAGCUGCAGCACCAGCAACAUCUGCAGCAACAGCAGCACCAAAUGCAGCAGCAUCAGAUGCAACAGCAGCAACUGCAGCAGAUGCAGCAGCAGUAUCACCAGCAACAGCUACAGGAGCGACAGCAACAAAUUCAGCAAAUGCAACAGCAGCAGCAGCAGCAGCAGCAACUGCAACAACAAAAUGUGCCCCAGCAAGAAACAACACAACUACAGGUGCAACCAAAACAGCAACAGACCCAAAACUUUGCAGCUUAUCAGUCUCCUGAGCCUUGUCCACCAGACAUAGCGUCUAAAAAGGAAGAUGUGGAGCUGCAGCAGGAACCAAAGGCUCAAACCUGUGAUACGUCGGGUGUAACUGAUCCAUGUCCCGAAAAGGUCACCACAAAUCCUGCAGAGGCCUCAGAUGAACAGCCGGCGGCCCCUCGGCGCUCUCGGCGCCUUUCCAAAGAAGGACAGUCCCCACUGGGUCCCCCUUCGACAAACAUCUGGUCUCAAGCCUCUAAAGAGCCUCCACUGUCCCAGAAUGGACUCGCAGGCGGACAGAGAGGAGGGGAAAGUCAAGUGACUACAGGAGGGGUCAUCCAGAUCACCCGUAGGAGGAGGAGGACGUCUAAGGAGAUCAACUUGGAGACUCUUGCAGCGAAAGCAUCAGAAAUGGAGUCCCUGCCUGCUAAAAAUGUCAAGGAAGAUGGUCCCACAAGUAGACAGGCCACCAUGGUGCCCCUGGUUAUCCCUGUGUCUGUGCCCGUGCACAGGAAUCAAAUAGAUCCUCAGGGUGGCUGGGCCCAGGGACGACUCGGCCAGGGUGAGCGGCCCGCAGGACAGUCUGACCGCAAACCCUCUGUCAUUGUGGCUCGCCGGCGAUCGCUCAGAAACUCGAUGACCGAGAGCUUUGGUCAGGACGGUGAAAACGAUCCAGGGCUGGAUGAGGAUGGAAAAUCCAAAUUUAAGCGCCGACCUCGCCCAGAGCCUCUCAUUAUCCCUCCUCCCAAACCAUCCACCUUCAUCCCUCCAUCCGUCUACUCCAGCAUCACUUCCUACCAGAGCAACCUGCGCUCCCCAGUUCGUCAGCUGGAAAACCCUCUCACCCUGCCCCCCUACACGCCUCCACCCAUACUCUCUCCUGUGCGCGAGGGCUCAGGUCUCUAUUUCUCCACCAUCCUUACCAACAUAGCCGUAAGCAACCAAAUCCUGCCUCCGCCGGCUACACCCAAGUCUGCAACGCGCAGCCUGUUGCGCUCCACAAGUUCAGAAAUUACACCUCCUGUCCUGCCCUUGAUCGCGGAUGCAACACCAGUUAGCCUCGAACCGCGUAUCAAUAUUGGGCAGCAGUACCAAGCAGAAAUUCCAGAUUUGCAAGAUCGAAUUUCCUCCCAGUUUGACCAGCACAAAGCUGACUUGGUUUGGGUCCCAGUUGAAAACUCCCACUUUAAACAUGGUGACCAUGAGAGCAUGGAGGAUUUGAUGAACAUGGCUUGUUCCAGUGUGCUCAGAGGUGGAGGAACCAAUCAGGAGCUGGUUUUACACUGUUUACAUGAAUGUGGAGGUGAUCUUCUUGAAACACUCGGGCGUUUGAUGCUUCAGGACCCAGUUUUCCCAAAAGCCCAUCACCUGUCAGGUUAUCACUACUCAGGCUCCGACAGCUGGACUGCAGAAGAGAAGCGCUACUUCAACAAGGGGAUCUCUGCCUACAGGAAGGACUUCUUUAUGGUGCAGAAACUGGUGCGGACCAAGACUGUGGCUCAGUGCGUCGAGUUCUACUAUACGUACAAGAAACAGGUGAAGAUUGGUCGCAACGGGAUUUUAACCUUCGGCCCCCCAGAUUCCCCAUUGGAGAAGCACACCGAGUCCGUGGUGGACGUCAAGAGCUCACAGCAUCCAAAACUGACUCAAGGAGAGACGGGCGGGGAUGACAAGAAGGAUGGUUCUUACGACCAGAGUCAUGAGAGCAGCCAGAAGGCGAGGGUCGCUCAGUCACUACAGGCUCACGACUACGCGGGAACAGUGCUGGUGAUCAAAGAGCCGGACACUGUGAAUAAGGAGGUUCACAGGCCUCGGGCCGAGCCUGCAGGAAAGAAGAGCAGAGCACCAACGAAGCCCCCGCAGGAUCCGGACGCAGUAUUUCCAUGCAAGAAAUGUGGCAGGGUGUUUUACAAAGUGAAGAGUCGAAGCGCCCACAUGAAGAGUCAUGCCGAGCAGGAGAAGAAGGCUGCCGCGCUGCGCCAGAAAGAGGAAGAGGAACAGGCAGCAGCUGAAGCUCGGGCCAGGAAAGCGGCUGCUGCAGCGGCGGCGGCGGCGGCGUUGGCGGCGGCUCAUCAGGGAGGAAAUGGGAACAGGGUGGUGGAACAGGCGGAGGUCAGUAGCCACGAAGAUUCAUCAGAGGGAGAAGAUGAUGACGAUGAAGACUGGCACUGAGAGACAAAAGGGAAGAAAAAAAACAGAAAAAUCAAUCAGGAGAUGGAUUGAUGGGUAAAAGGAUGAGUAAUGAGGGCGAUGCGAUGGCGAAAUG